AGCCUCAGACGCAAACAAUGUCAAAUGUGGUGGUCUUUCUCGGGUACAUAAGCAUUUCCCCAUUCAAUCCAUGACCAUAUACUGUACCAUAGGCUUUAUCUUUAGUACUUCAUUAGGGUUGUCUAGUAGUGAAUAGACUGUCAUCUUCACAGGUGAAAUAUCGUGCGAUUAUGGGGAAAUGUGUCUACCUGCAAAUUUUAUUUUAUGUUUCUGGACUACACUUUCUGUCCGCAUCACCUGUGGUCCAUUUUGUUCAGGCUGGACAAAAUGCUUCCCUGUCAUGCAACCUCACAACCAGUAAAGAAAUAAUCUGGCUCCAAAUGCGCUCAGAGGAACUUGUUAUCCUUUUAACUGUUAACAAGGCAUCACAUUUUCUAAAUACUUCAGCAGUUAAUGAGGAAAUCAUGGGUCACUUUGACACAAAGGAAAACAACAGUUUGGAGAUCAUUGUGGUGACAGAAGCAGAUUUGGGACUGUACUACUGUGCUGGUCGCUACCAUGGGACAAUGCGAUUUGGAAAAGGCAUCCGUCUGACUUUUGCAGAUGCAGAGGUGGCAGAGAGGGAAUUGGUGUCGUGUUGGACUCUCCUGGCCUGUGUUGCCCCAGUCUCAGUCUUGUUCAGCGCUCUCUGUGUCUUUGGACUCUGUUUCCAGUCAGGUAAAACAAAAUGCUCGUGCAACACCUGUGUGAACAGGAAUUCAAGUCUCAAGGAAGAGGGUCUGCACUAUGCCAGUCUGAAGUACAUUGGUAAUGCCCGCCCCACUGCUCAGGGAGUGCCAGGAUUGGCCCAGGGAGAUGUCACCUAUGCAACAGUGGCCCAAUGUGUUCAUACAGGCAAAUGAUAGAUCACAUGUACUUCUGACAUGGUUCCUUGAAUAUCCAUUCUUGAUGGAAAGAAGAUUGUAUUUUGAUUCGUGCAUGUAUGUGUGUUUCUGUAAAUAAUGAAAAGGCUUAUAAUUACUGUUAAUGUUCUCCAAAGAAUCUCAAUAAAAACAUUUUAAGGCAACAGGAUAUAGAAUUAGUUGGAUAAAAUAAUAUCUUGGGUAUCUUGAAAGGCGCAAAUAAAUGUACUAUAUUAUUAAAGACCAACCUUUGUAAAAUGUAGUCGUACUGUAAUACAACUAAAUAAAAUACGAAUGGUCUGUUAAGGAGUCAAUCGGUCAAAUCAAUGUGUUACUCUCUUCAAACCCUGGAAUGCUGGUCUAGCAGUGACCACAGCGGAAUAGAUGACGUGAUGCUGGUCUCCCUGUACCCUCGAUCUUUCCCUCCAGUUCAGCCGACCCAGAGAUGCCAACUGAACCUCAGUGUCUUCCACAUGAGAAGGGCCCUGAGACACAAACAUUCAUUUUAGCAAUGCUUUCAGUUUGCAGUGAGAUGUAUUCAUUUGUACUCACUUCUUCCACAUCACCCUGUGUGAUCUCAGACCCUAUAAGACAAAAUAUGAAACAAUCAUUUGUUUACAAUGAGAGCAAUACUUGUUGGGAGAAUGCACAUUUCACACAAACCCUACUAUUGGGACUUUUCUGGUAGCAAACAAUUAGACAGUGUUCUUUACCUAGUCUGGAGCUCCUUCCUGCUUGUGUCCUGUCACUAUAGGAAAUAAGGUGAUCAUAUCACAUGUUUGUAAAAACGUAGUUGCAUGACCUCAUAGGCCAAUGUAAUAGCUUAAUAUGGACCUAAAGUCUUGUACAAACAAGAUCAGAGGCAUAUGAUGUAACAAUAUAGUUUUCAGACAUUUUUACCUGUACUGCAAUUCUUUCUUUCUGUUCACUCUGUCUAUCAGCAAAAAGGCCCGGCAUUCCAGCCAAAAGCACCACGACGCAUAGUCCAACGACAGCUAUCAUCACCACAACUGAAAGACAAAAGCACAGUUCAACAUGUGAAAAUGUCACCUGUAUUAAAGAUAGCAGGACAAAAGAUUUGAACUACAUUUCAUUCAGUCUAAUUUGUGUCUGAAUGUCCGUGGACAACGUACCAUUUGUAGGUCCUUAUCUCUCUCAACAACAUCUGAAAAUAGGUGAAGAAUAUAGGUCAUGGAAUUUACUUUCACAGUGUUACUUUCAUACUUGUAAAAAGAAUUGCAUAGUGUUGCUGUGUGUUACCUGUUUUCAUAACAGCAGUGGUACUCUGGAUGUUGAGGUGAUCUGAGUUUGCCAAAAUAAAUAAAUAAUCAAGUCAGGCAUAAGCAUGGUAUUUUAAAUGAAAAGGGAAUGGCAUUAGAGGGGUCUCUACAGUGUGGUUCCCCCAACGCUUUCUCUCACUGCUUUUCCUAAGAACUGAUGAAGUUGAUUGUUGAGCCUGAUCUUUUAAUUAAAUGAAAAUGUCAUUGUUAAAAUAAAAUAUGGACAAUUAAAUAGAUAAAAUGCCAUUUGGAAAGCUCUACCUGUCAACACUGUUACUUUAGCUGUCGUUUCCCCAUUACACAGGUACUUUCCAGAGUCCCCUGGCUGCAGAUUGAGGUUCUGCAGGGCUCCAUCUUCAUCAAAGGAAAACCUGUUCUGUGGGUCCUCUCUCUCCCUUUUCCUGUUUCGCAUGACUAUCUUUCUUGAAGAACCACCUCUGCUUGGCUUUUCUAGAUACUGUACAGGGCAGCAAUAGGGUUCUGCCAGCAGAAACAGCACCUUUUUGGCCUGUGGGAAGACAUUUAUGAAAUGAUUGUAACAAGAUGCAGAAAUGUUAAAGACAAUGAUAGGAAUAUGCUCAUUAGACAAAAAAAAAAAUGUUCAGCUAAUUUCCUUAAAAAUGUUUACUUAUAUUAUUCUAUCCCUCCAAUGACAGAACAAUUUCAUUGGUGGUUGUCCACUUGUUCUGCUUGAAAUUGAUAAUUGGUAAACAGUCAGUGGUCCAUUUUCAGCUCUCAUCAUCAAGGACAGCAACCAAUAUAUUUAUAAAAAACAUAUUCAUUAUUUUAGAGGGGUGGAAAGAUAAGCGUUACAUUUCACACACUGUAACCUCCUGUCCUCAUACCUUUCAGUACCUCCACGUCUGCCACUAGCUGGUCGUUGCAGUGGUAGGCUCCAGAGUCGGAGGGCUCCAGCUCUUCUAUAACCAGAGAGUCAUCAGGCUGGGGGUCAUAUUUCUGGUGGUUCCGGUAAGCAACCGACUGGCUAUGAUCCCGUUGACCUGGUGUCUCCACUGUAAGUCAACGGUGCCACUGCAGGCCAGGUACAGACAAUAAUCCUCAGGCACUGAGACUCUUCUCACUGACGGCAGACAUAGCAGGCGUGAAUUGAGUUUGUCUAACUAGAAUAAACUGGACUAACUGAUAGUGGGACAUAUAGAAAACAUUUUGGCAAGUUUGUCAACCCUUCUGAGCAUGUCUGAUUUGUGUCACAGCUAAUUUAUUCAGACUCAAAAUGUGGGGUAAUGUGUUGGAUCAGGGUGGUUUUCUGAGAGCCUGACUUGUCAUAAGCCUGUGCCAUCACCUGAGAGUGCAGUCUACUUCCACAGUGGCUGUAUGUAUAAGAAUAUACAUUUUUUGUCUACAACUGCAUGCAAGGCUAUGUGUCACAUAUCUUCCUGAGUCAAUUUAGGUCCUGCUUCCUGUGUGAUCCACUAUUCCUCUUCAUCUAAAGCGAACAUGGUAUAUCCUUAGAUUGGGAAUACAAUUAGCCUGCUUCAAGGAAGAUGAUGUGUGUGUUUUUGACAGAAUGUAUUGAAUGUAUUGAAUAUCCACGAACAAUGAAGAAAGAGUUAUUUUGUCACUGAUAAUAGGCAACUAUGAUUGUUCACAUAUAUGUCUUCAUGAAGUAGCAUCUUAAGUCAAGUUAAAUAGAAAUUGCUCAUAAUUAUUCUGAUACACUAUGGUUUUCCCAGUAGCUAGUAUUACUACUUCCUAUUCUUACGUUUUGUUAAUUUUCUCUUGGAUAGAAACAAAAGUUUUGAGUGCGGCCCGUGUAGUACUCAAUGCACAUAACAAAAUGUUCACUUGUCACAUCCUGACCAUAGAGUGCUCUUAUUUUCUAUGGUAGAGUAGGUCAGGGUGUGACUGGGGGGUUUAUCUAGUUUAUUAUUUCUAUGUUGUGUUCUAGUUUCUUUUUUCUAUGUUGGGUUUUUUGUAUGAUUCCCAAUUAGAGGCCAAUUAGAGGUCAUCGUUGUCUCUAAUUGGGGAUCAUAUUUAAGUAGUGCUUUUUCCCACCUGUGUUUGUGGGAUUUUGAGUUAGUGCAUGUUGCACCGCUGUCGUCACGGGUUGUUGUUUGUUAUUAGUUUAUUGUUUGUCUUGUAAGUUUCACAUUCAAAUAAAAGAUGUGGAACGAUA